AUGUAUUACACAACAAGAAAAUGUUUGGUUCAAGGCAAUUCAUGUCAGAAUUGGGUAGAGAGAGAAUUUGAUAAAAUCAAAAGAUGUGUUGAUAUCUGUCUCAGGGGAAAUAACCCAAAACAGUUGAUUGACAAUUACAUAAGAAAAAUGAAUGGUGUUCAUCUCCCUCACAUUAAUGAAAGUGAAGUCUUAAACAGUAGUCAAACAAUACCAAAAACAAUUGAUGAAAGUACAGAUGAAAUUAAUGAUACCACAGAAAUGUCAGAAUCAGUUAUCAAUAUAAGCAAAACACAUGAUCAUAUAAACAUGCCUGACUGUCAACAAAAGGGAGAAGACAACAAUAACAAUCAAGUAGAAGAUCAAUUUAGUAUUAAUCUAAAGCUAAUAGCUGCCUUCCAUUCACUUGAGAACAAAUUUGUAGAAUGUCACACAGAAUUUAAUAAGAAAAUAGAUAAUAUGAGCAAUGUCGUCAAACAAUGGGAAGAAAAGUGUUAUUCUUUAGAAAAGAGUAAACAAGAACUUGAGAAUAAAUUACAGACUGAACUGUCAAAUAUGAACACAAAAUUGGAACAAAUAAAAUCCUUUAUCCAGACUAAGGAAGUGACUGACCAGUCAAAAAAAGAUGAAGACGAAAAUAUUGACACUGACAAAACUCGUCAAAUCCAUGCUGAUACAUUUUGUAAGUUAACACAACUGGAAAAUUUAGUUACAGAGAAACUAGAAUCUAUUGAGAAAAAAUGUACAAACUUUGAAAUAAAUAACGAUAGAAAACAUCCUGGUAAAGGUAGCUAUGAAAAUAACUUGUCACAUCCAUUUAGACAAAAUGUUCAGCAUGAUAACCAUGAUAACAGGGGUCAAUCAGAAACAAGAUAUUUCUCUGAACAAGAUGUAGCUGAACCUAAUAUCCUAAGGGCUGGUAGCCAGAACAAUCAUGAAAACAAUCAUUUAUGGAUAGUAGGUACAUCUGUGGUUAAAGAUCUGAAAAAAACCCUGAUGUAUAGGUUUAAGAAAGUUAGCAUAACUACUUUAAGAGACAAAACAGUUCAAGGUGCUAAAGAAUUUCUCGAGACGGGAAAAAUUAAUGCGAAAAAUAUUCUUUUUCAAGUGGGAUCUAAUGAUCUGGAAGCAAAGCAACCUACAAAUGUUGUCGAGGAAAUUGAGCAGCUUAUCGUUGAUACAAAAAAAAGCAUGCCAGAAAGUCAAAUUAUUAUAAGCCAGAUUCUCCCUCGCUUUUAUAGAAAUCAGAAUAUGGAUCAGGAAUUUGAAGUAAAGAGAGUGGAAUGUAAUCAGCUCUUGUAUGAAUUGUGUAAACAAUAUGAGGCUUAUUAUGUACAACAUGAAAACCUUACUCAAGUUCAUUUUCAAGAUGGCAUUCAUUUGAAUAAACAGAGAGGUAUUAAGCUAUAUGUUCGUAACCUGAAAGAAAUUGUUAACCCACUUAUUGGAGUAAAAAAUGACGACCAAGACAAUUCUAGAAAUCACCAUGUGAGAGAAAAGCCUGAUGGGGCUCCUAAUUACACCAGAUAUCGACAACCAAACAAAAUGUACAAUGACAGGUAUGAUGAUUCAUUAAAACAACCUAGAUAUAAUGAUAACCACCAGUAUCAUCAAUCAAACAGAAACUACGACAAUUCAUGGCGGUUCAACAACCAUAAUAACAACCAAAAACAACAAGACCAUGCAUACGGUUAUAAUGGUAACAACAGAUGGCAAAACAACAACAAUAAUCAAUACCGAAAUGACGACAUAAACCUGAGAAUGCUCCGUAUAGCAUUAGGAAUGUAA